GUCAACAAACUUACAGAGCUAACUGGAGUUCAGCAACACCUAAGUCGAACGCAGCUCUCAGUCAAACGACGCCUUAAAACAUCUCAAGUGCAUCGUCGCCGCCGCUUAUACCUGCAGCCUUUUUCUAGCAACAACGCAUCAAAUAUGCCCGGGCAAAAGUUGUACCCCCGAGCGACAGUCAGGAAGAUCGUCAAGGCUCAUUCGAACUGCAACGUGAGCAAGAACGCUGAUGUCAUGAUGUUUUUGGACUACAUGCUCUUCAUGCAAACUCUCAUGAAGGAGGCUGCCAUUGAGGCCAAGCAAGGGGGUGAACGGGGCAUCACGGCGCGGAGUGUGAGGAAGGUUACCGCGGACUCCCUUGCCAGAUUCAGAGGAUGAGGCCUUCCCGAGUCUUCCCCGAGUCUUCCCCGGACGAACUUGACACUCAAACGAAGAGCAAGAUGGCUCAAUACGCAUGGGCCCGAUUCGGGUCACUAGAGUGGGCGCUCGACCUUUGUGUUCUCGAGAGAGCUGGCGUCGCAGGCACCGUGCCGCGCGCUCAGUUCCGUACACGGUGGAGCCCGAGAUGACAUUUCCGUGGGCACGCGACACCAAACUCGCGUGUGGGGAAGUUGGCGGCGAUGCGAACAGCUGAAGGUUCGAGACUUAGAAUGGUGGAUGAGAAGUGAAAAGCAGCGUAGAGGACGUAGAGGAAUGAGGAAUCUGAGACCUGCCUACCUAGGGCCUCCUGGAAACAUGGUAGCCUUAACCAAUUCAGUGCAUUUGGAAGUGUUGUUGUUCCGCCCGUUUCUGUGUCCUUCUG